AUGGGCGGGUUGCUGGACUGCUUCCCAUUGCCCAGUGGCGCCGCUGCGCCCGUAACCACACGUGCCAAUGGCAAAGCUUGGGCAGAUGUGGUGGUGAAGAUUGGUGGCUCUGCAUGUACCAGAAAGGCGGAGUUCGAGACGCUGAACGUGGGCGCCUUGCAAGCCAUCUCCUCUCAGCUAUCGGCCCUGCCAACGGAAGGUUACAGCCUAGCAGUGGUGCAUGGUGCGGGAUCCUUUGGACAUCAACACGCCAAAGAGUAUGGUGUCUCGAAGGGAAGCUCUGAGGCGCCUCUGGAUCUCACGCAGCGCCUGCGUGAGGGUUUUGCCAAGACGAGAUUGUCAGUGACCACAUUGAAUAAACACGUGAUCACUGCGCUACUCAAAGAAGGUCUACCAGCGGUGUCCAUGUCCCCGUGCCCUUUCGUGGGCACCGAGAAGAAGAAGCUUCGGGGAGGCCGUUUGGGCAGCGCCACCCUGGAAGGUUAUGAGCCCAAGAGGCUGCAAGCUCUAAGGAUGAUUGAUCGUCGUCGAAGGGCAACUAAAGAAGAGUUGGCCCAAGGCGAAGAAGAAAUGAAGCAGGCCGAGGCAAGACUGAGAGCUGAGGCUGCGGCAUCUAAUGAAGAGGCCAUAGAGGAUAGGAAGUCUGAACCGAAACAAGAGGAAGCAGGGAAGUCUGGAGAUCAGACGAAUGGACCAGUAGGGUCAAUAGAAGAUAAGAGGGAAGAUCCCAUGAAGAAUAGCCCCAAUGUUGAAGACACCCCGAAACCAGCCAGGUCACAUCCUCCGACCACACCGCCUCCGCCAUAUCCACCAGUGCAGGAUGUCAGGUCAACAGGUCUGAAGACACCAGAGCCAGGGGAGAGAGGGAGGCGAGGAGCAGAUGAAGGCAAGGAGAGUCAGCGUCUUCAAACUCCAAGAGAGGACAGGACUGGGACAAUGGGUUCUCGGGAGGGGCAGAAGAGUGAGGUUGAACAAACUCCACUGUUCACAGAGGAACAGGUUCGAGCACUCCACAGUUUGCAUGAGCAGGCACCAUGGUUGUAUCAGUCUGGUCGCUCAGUUUUCUCUCCCUAUCCGCAUCCACAACGUCCAGCUUUCUUAGAUCAAGAAGAAGACAGAUUGAGAGAGCUGACAGAAAAGGAGAGACAGCUACAGCAGAUGCGAGAUAGGCUGUAUCAAGAAAGGUUUGAGAAAGAGGAAUUGAAGAGAAGCAUGGUGUCUGUCAUGGAGGAGAAUCGGAGAGUCAUGUCAAGACUCUCUGAACUUGAAGCUAGGAUCAAAGACCCCGAGCCAAGGUUUGCCACACCAGAAGGUUCACAACAGAAGGAGGCUGAGGCCGCCAAGACAGCACAAUCCCCAGAGGAGGACGAGACCUCCAAAGCCCAUGAAGGUCCAGGCCCGACCUUCACCCCCGAAGCACCCAAAGCAGAAGCAGGAGGGAACAUGACCGAAAAGUUCAUGCUCCUGAUGAUGGAGUCAAUGAAGGAGAUGCACAAGAACUACAUCAACAACAAAGAAGAAGCCGGCAUGGUAAAAGGCGUAGAGGUAGUCAGGAGUGGAGCACCAGACUUGCCAGCUCUACCACAGUGGAGCCCAUCACAAGGACCUCUACAGCUUGGCGAUUGGCUUCUCUUGCUGGAGCCUCUGGUUGCAGACCUAUCUACGACGUCUGAAACGUGGUGGAGGUUGGUGACAAGUGGUGCCGAGAGAUGGUACCAGACUCACGUGAGCCUUUCACCACUGGAUCGAAUCCAACACAAAGCAGACCCGCCAACAGAAGUCCAACAAGAGAAGUGGCAGAGACUGGAACGAAGGGUUUCAGUCAUGCUUCUCCAGGCGAUUCCUGAAGGCAUACGAGAGGAGCUGGUGGCAUCACGCCGCCUGGGGGUCUUUGGUAUCUUGACCCACCUUUACACUGUAUACUGCCCUGGAGGAGUCUAUGAAAAACAGACGUUGCUCAAGAACUUAGAGGAGCCAGCCGAAGUGAGCGCAAUCUCAGAAGCUCCAGGAGCCAUCAGGAAAUGGCUGAGGUGGAGGAGAAGAACAGAGGAGAUUGGAGCUGUCGCUCCAGACCCAGCCCUACUCUUAAAGGGCCUCAAUCGGCUCACUCGAAGAGUGAUUGGGCCGAACAAGGAGUUGCAGUUCCGCAUCUCUAUGGUGCGCAACAGCCUGGGCGUUGACACCACGCCUACAGCAGAAACGGUAGGCCACUUUGCAACUCACCUGCUAGCAGAGCUUGAGCAGGUGGCCCUCACAGAGAAGAGAGCAUCUCCAGCAGCAGCCAAGGCAGAAGCACCAAAGAUCAGGCAGUUUGAAGCAGAGAGAGGAGACAAAGAGAAGGGCAGAGGUAAAGGACAGGAGAAGAAUUCAGAAGACUCAGGAGGGAAGCCGAAGUGUCACUUCUUCCUGAGUGAGAAGGGGUGCAGAAAAGGUAAGCAGUGCACCUUUUCACACGAUGCAAAAGACGAGAAGAAGAGGUGCUGGACGUGUGGGGCCACAGACCACAUGUCACCCAGCUGCACAAGACCGAAGUCAGCAUCAGGAGAAGGAAGCCCGACCAAGGCAAAGAGCCUAAGGUCUGAGGGGGAGGAGAAGCCACUGUCCCCGAAGGAGUCGGACACACAAUCUUCGGCAGCAUCAGACCUUUCAAUGAAGGAGCUGAUGGAAGAAGCCAACAGAAUGCUGAGGUCUAUGUCGACGUCUGCAUCAGGAAAUGCAGCAUCGGCGAGCUCCGCAACCAAAGAAGAGGAGGUGAGGAGUGAUGUCAUGGAAAGGUUGCAGCAGCAACUUAACAGCAUGAAGAUGAAGGUUUUGAGGAUCGGCAAGGUCAUGAGGUCAGGAGAUCAAGGUCUGAUCGACAGUGGAGCCACACACCGUCUCCGACCAGCAAGGUCAGGAGAAAACAUCACAGCAUACAAGCAACUGCAGGUCACACUGGCAGAUGGACGCGUCACUCGACUGCCGAUGUCCCCAGGAGGAGCUAUGGUGAGUCCAAAGAAGGAUACAGAGCCGAUUGUUCCAAUGGGACAGUUGACGGAGCUCCUGGGAUGUGAGGUGAAAUGGAAGGGAAAGGAGCUGGAACUGAAUCACCCAAAGAAGGGGUUGCUUCCAGUGUAUCACCAUGAAGGGUGUCCUCAAGUCUCUAAGGCGUUGGCGUUGGAGCUCAUUGAGGAAAUAGAAGACAAGGUGCAAGGCAUAGGCACCAAGGCAGGUGAUUUCAAGGAAGAAGAAGAAUGGAUGAAGAGAUUGGCCCAGGAGCACCCAGUGCUGAGCAAGCUGCCACCGUGGAUCAAAGACCGACUUGCGGUGACCCCAGGAGAGUGGAGCAGCUUGCCACUGAACAGGAAGUGGAGGAAGAGGUUGAAGCGAGAGGGCUUCAUUCUUCACCUCUAUGCAGGAGGAAAAGAGGGAUUCACUCUUCAGCGGGCAUUCAAGCAGGUUGGAGGAGAUGAAGGUAUGAUGUUGGAGGUGGAUGAGAAGAGAGGAUCAGGUCAUGAUAUGCUCAGUGACUCUCAGGUCUAUCCAUCUCUCCUACGAGCAGCACUGGAGGGGAAGUUGAAGGCCAUUCUAGGUGGUCCAAACUGCCGAACGCGCAGUGUGCUCCGCCAUUUUCCGGUAGAAGGAAAUCCGGAUGCUCCGCGACCAGUCCGAGAGUGGGGUGGGGGGGAGUUUGGCAAGGCAGGGUUGACACCAAAAGAAGAAGCACAAGUGAGGGACGACGAUCUCUUGCUGUGGAGGAUGAUUUACCUCUACAUGGUAGCACACUACAUGGCACAAGCACGAGGGCUACCCAAGGUUCACUUUGCCCUUGAACAGCCAGCAUCUCCACACAGCUACAUGCCAGAAACAGUCAGUUUCUGGGACACUGAGGAGUGGAAGCAGGUCAAAGAAGAAUUUCAACUUGAGGAGACCACCUUUGAGCAGAAGAGCCUCGGUGGACCAGCCACCAAACCAACCACAAUCGGAGGAUCCUUGAAGAUUGAUGUCGAGGACCACCGGUGGAGGAGAGGAAGAAGCUAUGAAAAGGUGUCAAGCUCCAAGGAUUUGGCGAGGUGGCCACCAGGCCUGAUGCACAUGAUAGCAACAGCACUACAAGAACAAGUUCUGCACCAGGAUGUGCAGCUCAAAGCACUCUCAUGGCAAGAGCACAUAGCAUUCAACCACAUACCAUACAGAAGAGACUGCCGAGUGUGCCAGGAGUCUCUACAACAAGCAGACACACACCACAGGGUCCGAAACCCAAUGGGUGGCAUCCUGAGCUUGGAUGUCGCCGGCCCAAUGAAGCCAGCAUAUGAUCAAGGAGGAGGUAUGGCCAGGUGGUUCUUGGCCGGAGCACUCACAUGGAGGGUCCCAAAGGGGACAGACAAGAUGAAGCAGCCAAUUGAGGAACCGCUGGAAGAAGAUGCACCAGCGAUAGAAGCAGCAGAAGAGGAAGAACCAGAAGACCAGCAGCCAGAUGAAGCCGGAGAAGGAAGGGGGGGUAGAGAAGACCCUGACCAGCCCCCGGCGGCCGGAGAAGGAAGGGGGGGUAGAGGAGACCCUGACCAUCCCCCGGCAGGCGGUGACGCAGGUGCGGGUAGAGGAGACCCUGACCGGCGCCCGCCAGGCGGCGACGCAGGUGGGGGUAGAGGAGACCCUGACCAGCGCCCGCCAGGUGGAGAAGCAGGUGGAGAUAGAGGAGAUCAACACCAGCUUCCACCAGACCUCGAACAGGAGACAGAGCUGCGAGUCUUCAGGUUGGCGCUUCCAAUGGUGACGAAGACAGCCAAGGAAGUCACCAGGACAACGAUGGAGUUCCUCUUGAGGCUGAAGGCAGACGGGUACAAUGUGUCCCGGAUCCACUGUGACAGAGGCCAUGAAUUCUCAGGAGAAUUCAAACGCUGGGCGAACACCCGCGGCAUCCACAUCACCCGAACUCCGGGAGAUGAUCCUAGAGGAAACGGCAGGGUGGAGAACACGGUGAAAGCCAUCAAGACCCAAAUCAGAAGAGCCCUUAGCCAGGCAUGCGAAGAUGCCAAGUGGUGGCCCUGGGCAUGCCGCUAUGUCACUGAAGUGAACCGAUGCGUCAGGAUGGCUACAACCCCAGAGUGGCCGAGGUUCCUGAAGGAAGUGCGGGUCAAGAAAAGGACCUGGAAGAGAGGAAACUUUGAGGUUGGCAUAGAGAAGGUCCAAUAUCUGUGCCCAUCAACAGAAGAUCAUGGGCAUUGGAUCUACAAAGAAGGAGAGGCCCCCAGGGUGACGAAGUGUGUCCUGAGGCCGACAGAGGAGCCGCUGGAUGAGAGGGUCUGGCUGGCAGUUGAGAAGGAAAUGCUCGACGCAUUGGCCUUGAGAAGAAGGCUAAGAGAAAAGACGUCCGUGAGAAGACUGGACGCGGUGAUGAUGACGCCAUCUGAAGAAGAUGAUGAGAAGAAGAAGGCCAGAGACAGAAUUAUGAAGGUGGUCGAAGAAGAAGCACGAAGAAUCAUACAUGACGACCCUGAGAUAGCAGGAGAGGAGCUGAAGAUAGUGGCCAAGCUCAAGAAGAUGGCAGAAGGCUAUGAAAUGGAGGAAGAUGAAGUCCUUCAAACGAAGAUUGUCUCGCCCAAGGAGGUGGCGAGGAGAUGGAAAGACUGGCUGCCGGCGAUCGAAAGUGAGGUCCGAUCGUUGGUGGAAGAGAAAGAAGCCUUGAGGAUGUUGACCAGAGAGGAGAUCCACCAGCUGCAGACAGAAGCAGGAAGAACAGGCUUGACGAUGGAGAGCGUUCCGUCGAAGAUGGUCUUCACACUCAAGCCAGGUCCAGAAGGAGGUAAACCAAAGGCCAGAUGGGUCGCAUGCGGCAACUUUGAAAGCCGCAAAGACGAUGAAGACAACUACUCAAGCGGGGCAGAUGCGACAGCCCUGAGAGUACUUGUCUGGAUGGCGAUGAAACGCCAAUGGCUUGGAUGUGUGAUUGAUGUGAAGACGGCAUUUCUGAACGCCAAGAUGAUUCAGAAAGAAACGGAAGGGCUUCUCUUGAUCAGGCCACCGUCCAUCUUGGUGGAUCAAGGCUUCAUGCCGGGGGACGCAUUGUUCCUACCGCUGAGAGCGGUGUAUGGGUUUCGCCGCUCACCAAGACUAUGGGGAAACCACUGA